AUGACCUCCCUGCGGCGAGGCGACCGGACGAAGCGUGCGCAGAAGCACCAGAACCGAUACGCAUGGCGGCACAACAAGAACUCGAAGAUGACCAAGAAGAUCCUCUCUGCGCCCAUUGUGGGCAUGUGCUCCAGGUGCUACGAGAUCAUUGUGUGGCGCAAGAAGUACCGCAAGUACAAGCCGCUCUCACAGCCUGCAAAGUGUGAGGAGUGCGGAAAGCGGACGGUGAAGCAUGCUUACCAUCGGCUGUGCAAGGCGUGCAGCUGCAAGCGCAACUGCUGCGCCCGGUGCAAGUCGGACAAGGCCGAGAUCGUGACCGAGGCCAUGACUGAGGCCGAGAUCAACGCACUCGAGCAGCGGGCGCAGGAGAUCUUGAACACGCUUCCGGUCCGCAGGCGGAAGACCAUCACCCGCCUCUUUGAGGCUGGCGAGAUCACGCUCUCGGACAUUGUUCAGGUCGCCGAGAAGAACACCGGCAUCGACAGCGACAACUCCGGGGCUGACGACGAGAGCGACGAUGGCAGCGACGACAGCGAUAGCGCUGGCCCCGCCCGCAGCCUCACCGACACGCAGCUAGAUCCCCUCGAGAUGGAGAGCCGCCAGGCUGAAGCCAUCAUGCGGACUUUGCCACCGGCCAAGGCCAAGGCCGCCCGCAAGCUCUGGGAGCUGAAGCAGAUCACGGUCUCGGAGCUCGCCAAGGUGGCCGAGAAGCACGCCGCCGAGGCUGCCGCCGCCAAGGCCGAUGACAGCAACGGUACCACGCCGCCGCCGCCGUCAUCAUCGUCGUAGCCGCCGUGCUGCCGCCGAAACCUCCUCACCGGCCGCGCUCGUCAUCACCCUGCAUAUUUACUCGUGGGCCUCGCACUUGAUAACGCCCGAGCCCAGGGUGCCGCGGCCAAGGAAGAGCGCUCCGCCGGCGGUGACGACGUGGACGACGACCGGACGGCUGAGCACGUCGUGCAGCGCGCCGUCGACGUCGAGCGAGACAUCGACGCCUGCUGCGCCCGGGCCGAGCUGUGCCACGACCGAGACCGUCAUGCCAGGCCCGUAGCCGUCGCCGGCAUCGUCGUACCAGGUUCCGUGCGCAGCGCCGGCGACGUCGAGCGCCGCGGCAAACUCGACGCCGUCAACAGCCGGCUCGCGGAAGGCGGUCGACGCCAUGACCGGGCCCAGCGGAACAAUGAAGCCUGGACGAAGGUA